GAAGAUGACCACGUAUACCGAAGUUUGAAUGUCACUGAGGACGUUGGCCGGUUUGCACCGUGUGACUGUUAGCCAUGUCCAGACCCUGCCUCUUGUAUGUCACCAGCGGCUGCUUUUGCUGGAACUGUGCCUGCGCCGUUGUCUACGGUACCGGAUAUAACAUGGGUGGAUAUCUGAUAAGAAAGAAUGAACCAUCCAGUUUCAUAUUCGAUAUGGUGUACAUCGUGGAAAGUGCUACGAAUGCCACCACUGACCUCCUAUUGUUCGCGGCCAUUUCAUGCAAGAAAGAUUCAUUAGUCAUCAAAGAUAGGUGCCAAUGGGAUACUAGCACACUUCUGGUGUUGUUCAUCACUUGGAAUGCUUUCGCCGCUUGCUUGCAUUACGUCAACGCAUGCGUGGAAGCUGUGACGCUCGACAUCCGUUUACGUAAAGACGUUACAGCAUUGGAUCCCGUUGCCAGUUUGAAUGGAACUGCUUAUCCCAACAGCACCAUCGCAGCACCCGAAGAAGGGGUGCGGUUAUUUGCGCACCUUAUCCUCUUCUACACAGUCCUCGCCAUCUUUAAGAUAACAAUCCUCUACUUCGUCUACUACAAGUACUUGGUCUUCAUUCGUGACGACACGUACGACGUGGCCUACAUCCCUUCUAGCGAGCGCUCCAGCAGACAGGACUUCGGACCACCUCCGUGGGAAUGGACGACGCUUGCGUCGCGACCCUCCAGCCUGGCUGCGUCGUCUUGUCAGCCGCCGAGACGGCAUCGGAUCAAGGAGGUUCCCGAGGAGAUCCGCGAAGAGUCCAACCUGGCCAGCAGCACAUCCGCACAGUACAGCGCGGCCAACCAGUGGUGGCAAAAGCGCGGUGACCUGGACAGCAGCGCUGAUUUCGGAUCCCCGCUUAUCGCGAUUCCAGCGCGGAUGCCAUCUACGUUCGCAGUCCACGGGGUCUCUGGCCAACACACCAGGGAAGACUACGCUUCGAGCUUCGAGGCUCUUCAACAGGAAUCCUUCGGCAGCCGCCGUGCAAGUAAACUGGGAAGCGAUACCGAUAUUCGGCUCAAGAUAAUACAAGAAAGCUGGUCCAGACGCACAAUGAGAGAUUCUUCGCUAGGGUCGGAAGCAGCCACGGAAAAGAAAGAAGUUCUGAAGAAAGAAUUGUUCGCACUACCCGAGACGCUACCCGGCGGAAGUCGUAUUCCGAGCGAGGCUGUGGACACCACGCGGCCUUCCAUCGCCGAUCAAAUGUCCGUGAAGAACAAAGCGAAGGUUAAAAAGAAGCGGCUGGAAGAGACUGAACGCUUUGAAUAUGGGAUGUGAGCCAUAUACGUGUCCUGUUUUACUACGUACCGGAUCAGAAAAAUCGCAAAUAUAUGUCGCUGCCACACA